UAUUCUAUAGGCCAUGCAAAAGGACACGCACACAGAACCCUAAAUAAAAAGGAAAUCUUUAUGCUUUUAAUCAGACAAAAUCGAAAAAUCUUUUCGAGGGCAAUUUGGAAUUCGGAAUCAACUUAGAAAUCUUGUCGCUUUAUUUGCUGAAGGGGGGUUUUAGUAGGGUUUCCGUCUUGUCUAUUUUAUUUUUACCCGUACAGAAGAUAUAGAUAAGAGUAAUUUGUACUCUGUUCUUCAACCAGAGAAGGAAAAAAAAAAGAUGGGUUCACUGAGGAAGGAUGAAAUAGAUACAGGAUUGUGUAAAGAAAAAGGAAUUCAAGAAGAAGAAGAAGAACCGAUAUUGAUGGAUCAACCCCAGAAAUAUUGCAUGUUUCCAAUUAAGUACCCACAGCUUUGGGAGAUGUACAAGAAAGCAGAAGCUAGUUUCUGGACUGCCGAGGAGGUUGACCUGUCGCAGGAUGUUCAACAGUGGGAUUCUUUGACUCGGUCCGAAAAGCACUUUGUGAGUCAUGUUCUGGCAUUCUUUGCUGCAUCCGAUGGGAUUGUUUUGGAAAAUUUAGCUGCCAGAUUCCUUCACGACGUUCAGAUUCCCGAGGCUCGAGCAUUUUAUGGAUUCCAAACUGCUAUGGAAAACAUACAUUCUGAGAUGUAUAGCUUGCUUUUGGAAACAUAUAUAAAGGACCCGAACGAAAAGCACAGAUUGUUUAAUGCAGUCGAAAACAUUCCUUGUGUUGCACGGAAAGCUAGUUGGGCUUUAAAUUGGAUUAAGAGUUCUAGCUCGUUCGCAGAGAGACUUGUUGCGUUUGCUUGUAUUGAAGGCAUAUUCUUCUCCGGAAGCUUCUGUGCUAUUUUUUGGCUUAAAAAGAGGGGAUUAAUGCCGGGAUUGACAUUUUCGAACGAGCUUAUUUCUAGGGACGAGGGUCUCCACUGUGACUUUGCUUGCUUAUUAUACAGUUUACUAAGGAAGCAACUUCAUAUGCAGAGGGUUCAUCUUAUUGUGCAAGAGGCUGUUGAAAUCGAGAUCGAAUUCGUUUGUGAUGCACUACCGUGUGCACUCAUUGGUAUGAAUUCGGCUUUAAUGACCCAGUAUAUAAAGUUUGUUGCCGAUCGACUCCUGGUAGCUUUAGGGUACGAGAAGAAGUACAACGUCGAAAACCCUUUCGAUUGGAUGGAAUCCAUAUCGUUACAAGGAAAAGCAAACUUCUUUGAGAGAAGAGUGGGUGAUUAUCAAAAGGCUUCUGUAAUGUCAAGUCUCCAAGCGGGUUCCAAGAAUUACGAGUUCAAAACCGACGAGGACUUUUAGUCGUCAACUUUGUUCUUAUUUUUCCAGAUUCUUCCGGAAAUAUUUCGUUGUAGUAUAUACUAUAUAGACUUCAAAUUGACUAUUAAAACCUCAAUAAUAAGUUCUGUAAUUCAUC